AUGCAGGUUGUUCGGGCAGCAAGUUUUCGCUUCUUGAGGUCAUGGGCUUGGCCGCGGUCAACUGGGGUAGUGGCCGAAGCGCCGACCCGCAGUGUCCACACAGGUGCCCAACAGCUGCAGGAAGCGGCGGCCGAGACGGAAACUGAGGAGACGCCCGCAACUCCACGCCGCAGCAGCUUCAGCAUUUACCCUCCAGUUCCAGGACAGGAGAGCUCUUUGAGGUGGGCAGGAAAAAAAUUUGAGGAGAUCCCAAUUGCGCACAUUAAGGCAUCUUACAACAACACCCAGAUCCAGGUCGUCUCUGCCACAAACCAGCCACUAGCCCGUGCUUCCUGCGGCACAGAGGGGUUCCGGAAUGCCAAGAAGGGCACGGGCAUCGCAGCACAGACCACGGGCAUCGUCGCAGCCUCGAAAGCGACCGGGAAGGGAGUGACCCACGUCCGAGUGGUGGUGAAGGGCCUGGGGCCAGGGCGAGCGGCUGCCAUCAAGGGGCUGACCAUGGGGGGCCUCGAGGUGAUCUCCAUCACAGACAACACCCCCAUCCCACACAACGGCUGCCGCCCCCGGAAGGCCCGACGGCUGUGA